AUGCCUUUUUGUAAUCCUGGGCUGUGCCUGUCAGUCGACAGCAGUUGGGUGGGAGCGGACGUGGAGGGCCUGUUCAGCCGGGUAACAGGGCUGCCAGUCACGGUGGUCAACGACGCCGACGCUGCUGGCUAUGCGGAGCUGGGCUUCGGUGCAGGGUCGGGGGAGAACGAGCGCGGCGUGGUGUUCAUUGUGACCUUCGGAACCGGCAUUGGCACGGCCAUGUUCGUGGAUGGCAUUCUGGUCCCCAACCUGGAAUUGGGUCACAUGGAGGUGGAUGGAGUGGAGGCAGAGGCGGCAGCAGCAGGCGUGCUGGUGGAGAGAAAUGGGUGGACGUGGCAGCAGUGGGCUGACAAGGUCGCCUGGUACCUGGGCCACAUUGAGAAGCUCUUCUGGCCCUCCAGAUUCAUUGUGGGAGGGGGGGUGAGCAAUGCACACGAGCAGUGGCUGCAUCUGGUGAAGCUGCCCAAGGGCACGCCCAUCCUGCCUGCCUCCAUGAAGAACGAUGCCGGCAUCAUUGGUGCUGCCAUGGCUUCACUCGCCCGCUCCGUCUCUGCCAUCCGCCACAAGCCACAGCAGGUGGAGGACUACAUUCAGGCCUGA